AUGAGGCAAAACAUCGGUGUCUUCAUGGGCGGUCCGGGCGGAAUGCCUGAGUUCGGUGCAGUUCCCAAGGACGACAGUGGUGGCGCUUUGGGAUCCACGAACAACUCCCCGGCCAUCAUGGCGAAUCGGAUUUCGUUCGCCAUGGGCAUCCACGGCCCGAACUUCUUCAUCGACUUGGAAGGCUCGGCCUCGUUGAUAGCUUUCAACUUGGCCGUGGAUUCUAUUCAGCCUGACAAGGCUCAGUGCAUUGGCUCUGUAGCCUUAGGGGUGGAUUGCAACGUCCACCCACAGGGCCUGUUGCAGUUGGGUUGGGCAGGAGUUCUGUCCAGGAAGGGCCGUUGUCUUAGCUUUGACAGCUACGCCGAUGGCUACAUUCGAGGCGAAGGAUUCACAGGGCUCUACGUGAACCCGCUGAAGAAGGAAGUGGACGGCAAGAAGGUCAUCGAUGAGGACCCGCCAAUCAUUGGCCUCGCGAGCGGCGGCUACAUCAACAACAACGGUCGCUCCGCAUCCCUCUCGGCGCCCAGCGGGGCGAUGUAUCAGGAGCUGGUGGGCAAUUCAGUUCGCACCGCCGACAUCUCUCCGCUGGAUGUCGAAGCGGUGGAGUGUAACGCGUCGGGCAACGUGCUGUCCGAUGCAGUCGAGGCUACUGCACUGUGCCGUGCCUACCGAUCCCUUUGCGAAAAAGAGGAUGCUGAGGAGGAAGAGGUCCUUGGCCUGUUGGCAGCGAAGUCAAACUAUGGCCACAUGCGACCCGCAUCGGGUGUGGCAGCGCUCCUGCGAGUGAUCGUGGGACAGGCAAUGGGCUGCAUGCCGCCCUCCCUGCACCUUCACAAGCUGAACCCGCACAUCAUCGCGGAUGACAACGUGCCCAUGUUCCUGGCGACUGAGCAUGUGCCCCAUCGCAUGACUUCCGCCUUCGUGGCCUGCACCGCCUGCGGCAUCGGCGGGUCCAAUGCCCACGCAAUCCUGUGGGGCCGCGCCUGCAACAGGCAAGUGAAGAUGGAGAAGCCUGUGCAAGCCGAGGAAGUCCUUUCCUUUUGGCCCGGUGGGGGUGGAGAGUUAGAUCCUGCAUGCGAGCCCCGGAGAGGCUGCAGCAUUGCUGGGUCUUGGAAUCCCCCCGACCAGUGCGAGCGCAUGCGGGGAGAGGGCUUAGACCAGUUCUGCUUUACCCUCACCCUCGGCGAGCACGGCUGCGAGUGGUUCCAGAUUUGGCUGGAUGGCGCCUUUCCGGCAUACAAGGGCUUUUCCUGA